UUUAUUCAUGAGAGACAGAGAGAGGCAGAGACCUAGGCAGCAGGAGAAGCUUGAAGCGGUACUCAAUCCCAGGACCCAGGAUCACAACCUAAGCCGAAGGCAGAUGCUCAUCCUCUGAGCCACCCAGGUGUCCCUUGAAGAUAUCAUUUUAAUAUUACCUUAAAAUAAGCACAAAUAUAUCAUUGAUUAAAAAAUAAAUUUGCAGGGCAUUCAGUGUAAAAAAGCAAAAGCCUCAGAGAGUUCAAGCCACUCGCCCAAAUCCUUCUCAAGUAUUCAUGCUUAGGAGAGAAAGUAGCCACAGCCCUGUCUCUCGGUCUUGGGUGAAGAGUGUUGGAGGGAAGCAUUUGUACUUUAAAUUGGAAAAUGGAACAUUUCCAAGACUCAAGGGUGUGACUUGCUGGGCCUAAGUCACAUCAUAGAUUCUGCUGAUUCUCGUUGGACCAGGUGGAGGAGUGAGGCCCAGAUCGCCAGCGGCUUCUAUUUGUUGGGCUAGGAGUUGGUCUUGCUCCCUCUCUGGACUUUGGAGUCUGUGUCUCCAGCAUGGUGUCCAACUAAAGGACUAGGGGGCAUGUGUGAGAUAGUAGCGUGUCAGUUUCCUGCCCCUCCCCUUCAGGAUCUGCUGGGGAGGCUUAGUUGCAUGGUUGUCGAGACUGAAGGGGAGGGGUGAGGCUGGGGGAGCUUAGCUGACUGGAGGUCAGACCUUCCAGAGGAAUCUUCUAAUGAUCUUAGGGCGCUUAGCUGGCCUGGUCCCUCCCCCCACCCCCCUGCCACCUGCCCCCUACCCUGCCUGUCCUGUUCAGUUGCCAGGAGAUGGUGAGGAGGCUGGCUAAGUAGAGGGGAGGCAGGAAGUGACUGCAGGCCUAAGGCAUCAUCCACAGCAGCCCAGAGGAGGCGCGGACCCUUGCUCCUUGACAUUGCUCCAGGCCAGGAUGGGGCAGCAGUUCAGCUGGGAGGAGGCGGAGGCGGCCGGCGAGAUGGACGUGGCUGAGCUCCAGGAGUGGUACAAGAAGUUCGUGGUGGAGUGCCCCAGCGGCUCUCUCUUCAUGCACGAGUUUAAGCGUUUCUUCAAGGUCACGGGCAAUGAGGAGGCCACCCAGUAUGUAGAGGGCAUGUUCCGAGCCUUCGACAAGAAUGGGGACAACACCAUUGACUUCCUGGAGUAUGUGGCAGCCCUGAACCUUGUGCUGAGGGGCACACUGGAGCACAAGCUCAAGUGGACCUUUAAGAUCUAUGACAAGGACCGCAAUGGCUGCAUCGACCGACUGGAACUGCUUGACAUUGUGGAGGCGAUCUACAAGCUGAAGAAAGCCUGCAGGGUGGAGAUGGAGUCUGAGCAGCAAGGACAACUGCUCACACCUGAGGAGGUGGUGGACAGGAUCUUCCUUCUGGUGGAUGAGAACGGAGAUGGUCAGCUCUCCCUGAAUGAAUUCAUUGAAGGCGCCCGCCGCGACAAGUGGGUGAUGAAGAUGCUGCAGAUGGAUGUGAAUCCCGGUGGCUGGAUCUCCCAGCAGAGGCGGAGAAGUGCCAUGUUCUGAGGAGUCUGGACUAGUCCACAGGCCCCUCCAAGACUCCAUACUCGCCAGGUUUCCAGAAUAGUGAGAGGGUGCCAGGCCCAGCCUGCUGAUGCUCACUCUCAUCUGGCACCCACUAUGAAAGGGGUUGGGGCCGAGGGGGGUGGAUAGGGGUUUUAGUCUGAAGUGACCAGCAAGACACAGUCCCCUGGGAGGAGUUACUGGCGUGGUGAAGGGAAAUGGCUUCUCUCCUGCCAGAGGCUUCUGGGGAAAAAAUGCUUUGGCUGGGUGGUUGUGGGGCGUCCACAAUUUCCUGCAUGGUUCAUAGCUGGAAGCAGGGGAAGACCGAGAGAUGGAGGGGUCCCACAGAUCAAACCGGCAAUGAGACUGCCCACACAGUGUGAGGCAGCCUGCUAGAAGGCAGGGGGCUAGAAGUCUGUCCGCAAGGGAAAAUUGCAGCUAGUAAGGCUCCCGUCUUCCCGGCUGUGCUUAAAGGAGCUGUUUCAGCUCUGCCCUGGUGCUGCUCCCCCAGCCCCUGCUGCCAGCCUACACCCUGACACCACCUCCUCCCCACCUUCCUACCCCUCCACACCGGCCUUUCCAACCCCCACCCCAUGGACCUGCCUGCCGGGAUUCCCAGCCACAAGCGGGAUUCCCAGCCACAAGCCGGUUGAGUCUCCCUGAAGGACAGGGAGACCUUUCUCUGUCUCUGGGGAGAACUUGUUCUAGGCCAGGCUUUGCCUCCAGCUGGUAUGGGACCCAAGAUGGCCCUUUCUCUCUCUCCCUAACCUCAAUGAUCUUACCUGCACAGUGAGCAAGUUGGACAAAACAGGCAGUUUUCUGAUUAUUAUGUUUAAAUGUGGAAUUACUUUGUCAUACAAACUUUGUGUGCAACCUCAAUGUACAAACUAGAUUUCAAAUAAAGGGAGUCAUUCUGGCUGAAGUUGGCGGGGGUAGGGGGUGGGGUGAGGAACUCAGAACAGGAACUCAUUUGAAUAGAUAUGUUUUUAUGUUGAUGGAUGAAAAAUAAAACUCACCUACUGAACUGCAGUUUCACAGGCAUGAUAUUAAUGUAUAAAGUUUCCUUCAGAAAUAAAUUUUAGGGGUGCACCCAAGUGGCUCACUGGUUG